AUGAAAACAAGCCCAAAGAAACGAACGAUUAACACGGAGCAUGCCUCGUCAAUGCAAAAUGGACGCGGUGAUGAGAGGAAGAAAGGAUGGAGAUCGGCUUUAGGUGAUGAUCAUGAUGAAACGGCUCGCGUGAUUGAGGAUCAUUUUUGGGAAACCCGACUGCCACCACGUGAAGAUCGUCUUCCACCAGCAGAACCACAUCAAUCGCCGCGUCGACCUUCUCCAAAAUCGCCUAGAAAGCCGAGUCCUAAAAAAAUAGCCCCAACUUUCGAGCCGGACGAGGAUGUGAUAAUGAACAAUAGCGAUGAGGAAGUGCAAUUUGAAGAAAUCAUGCAAGAAACGAUGCGCCCAGCCGGCCCCGAGAAUUGGACUUUGCCCAUUGCGUUGCCACCAAGACGACAUGAUCCCCCGAAUUUCCUAGCGAUGGGACAAAACUGUACGGCAAAAGCCACCCAACAAGAACCUCCAAUUACCGCCAAAGAAACGCCACAACAAGAAGAACUUUCUUCUCAGGCUAGCCUCACUUCGCUUCCAACGACACCGUUGAUGAUUCGUAAAAGAAAUGUUUGCAGAAAUGUCAAGUCCUUGGAUCGGCCCACUUUUAGCCAAAAGGGUAUCUUGAAGCAACGGGAUGACCUCUCAUCAUCGACAAUCACAAUUUCAACGACUUCCAUUGCGGCAAGCGUAGUGCAUCUCGGAGAAACGCAGCCACCAAUGAAGAAAAUCGGCAAGAACCUCCUCACGCUCUCUAGUGUCUCGUCGGUCUCUUUCAUCGAUCCAAUUUUGAAGAAGAAAGCUGAAAAAGAAGUUGAACAACGUGGACAAAACGAGAAACAACAACAACAAGAACAACAACAAGAACAAGUAGCCCCCAUCUUGCCCACGCCGGAGCCGCAUCGAAGCGAGGUUAUGAAAGCUGAGCCGCUUGUGGAGGAUUUUGAUGACGAGAAUUGGAAAGCGGAGUUUGAUGAAAAGAAGCGUCGCGAGUUGAUCGAAGAAAUUUUCCAAUCCAUUCAAAGGAUACCAAGAAAGAUCCUCGAGAAAACCUUUGACAAUAUGCUGCUGCUCGAGGCGGAAUAUUACAAGAUUGCGAAAAGACGCUCUGACUACCUCGUGAAGAUGGCCGAUUUACACGUGGAUCUCCGCCGCAAAGCCACUUUUUACGGA